CGAAGAACGACAUUCGCUCAACAUCGAAGUGAGUGCUAACCCAUUCAGUAACAAGCAACAUUCGUCCUACAUUGAAGUGUCGGGCUUGACAAGCAUGUCGGACGCUGAGUCCGGUGCGGCUGCGCCUCCGGCAAAGAGCGAGAAGAAGCGCAGUUUCACGGUGACCGAGAAGCUCAAGGUAGUGGAGGCUUCCAAAACGCAGUCUCUGCGCUCUGUGGCUCGUCAGUACAACGUGGACCGCAACUGCGUUCGCGCGUGGAGGGACAAGGAAGCGGAGCUCUUGGCGCUGCACCCGACAGCCAAGCGGCUUCCAGGCGCGGGACGACGGCCGUCCACGGGACAAGUGCUACCUGCGUCAGCAGGCAGUAAGCACGGUACGGAGAGAACACCAAUUAAUGGCAACGAAAGCAAGAAACACAAGACGGAGGCUAAAGAGGAGAUAGAUGAGACUCAGCAGGAGGCAGCGAUGACAGUGCAGGAGGUGCAGCAACCAAUUCAACCGGCACCUCUGUCAACCAACUACGUGCUGGUAGGUUUCCAGGGCAAAGAGGGUGCGUUCUCAGAGGUGGCAGCCAAGACAGCGUUCGAGGAGCUGCGAGCGGCCAAUGCCUUGACACCCAACGACUUCAUGACGGUGGGAUUUUCCCACAUGAACGACGUGAUGGAAGCCGUAGAGAGAAACGAACUGGCGUUCGGCGUGUUACCCGUGGAGAACUCGAUUUCAGGCACUUUCCACGGCAAUUUAGACCGCCUAGUGGCCUCGCAUUUGAAGAUUGUGGGCGAGGUAGCUUGUGUGCAGGAGUUGUGUCUGUGCGUGUUGCCAGGGGUGGCUAUGAGUGAGAUUAAACAGUUAUCAUCGCACCCAGCAGUGCUGGAUCAUUGUGAGAGUUACAUCUGCGCCAUGGAGCGUAGAUUGGGCAGAAUCAUCGAGCGCAACGCAGCUUGGGAUAGCGCUGGCGCCUGUCAGACCGUCAAGCAGGAGGAGAAGCGUCACGUGGCAGCAAUUGCAAGUGAACAGGCUGCUCAUGCACAUGGAUUGGUGGUACUGGAACGUGGAGUUGGAGAUGAACUCAAUAGUGAGACGCGCUACAUGAUUCUCGGAAAGCUGGACGCGACACCGCUGCCACUAGGUGCAUCGCCAAGGGUCUCCAUCCUUAGCACACGAUCUCCUACAACUACAAAGUCUAGCAUCGUCGUGGCUGUGCCCAACGAGCCUCAAGCUCUUUUCAAGAUCGUCUCGGCUUUCGCACUUCGAAACGUGAUGAUCGUCAAGAUUGAGAGCCGUCCAGCAGCUACCGCCGGAAGCCUCUUUACAGCCCAGACAACGCAUUGGGACUACAUUUUCUACAUCGACUACAUCACGAGCCAAGACGCGACGCAGGACGCGAGACUACGUAGCAAUUUGGAGGAGUUCGCUCUGUGGGUUAAAGACCUCGGGACGUACUCGAGCAGUGGAGGCAAAGCGAACGUCGAACCUCCCCGCUGGAAGAGCGUCGUCAACGCAAUUGCAUGUUAGUAGUAUGUAAGUGUAGCCAUGUCCGAAUUUAGUGACCAUACAUUUUCCAAGUGAUUUAAAUCCUGAUCUUGAAGCGACACAGAAGAUC